AUGAAUGCUUACUAUGGUCCUCAUGGGUCGGCUUUCCCUCCACCACCCUCAUCAGGGACUUUUGGGUCGCUAGGUGAUACGUUACGGAGCUGGAAACGUAGCGCUGGAGGUGCUCUCGGUAGUCUUUUCGGGGCAAAACAAAGUGCAUCACCUUGGGGAUCUCCGAUGCCAUCUAGCGUAACAAAUCCUUCAUUUUCUGGUUCAGGUACUGCUGCUACUACUCCGACUUGGAAUAGUGGUACCAAUGGCAGUACAUUUUCCCAUCCAAGCUUAACGCCCCCUACCAGGCCUAACCUAUUUGAUCCUCAACAACAGCAAAUCUCUACUAUUCCUUCUCAAUCUGCCACAACCUCUCCAGCGUCGGCAAUGGUGCAUGGGAAUCAACAGCCACAGCAGCAACAAAUCCAGACCCAAACACAAAGUUUGCCACUAACUGCUACGACCUCUAAUGGCGGUACGUUGAACAUGGAAAGUGUCUCAGUCUCGCACAACCCUUCGACGAACGAAACGAAGAUCGCCGUCAAUCUGCCGAAAUCGGGUAUCAAAGCUGGAGAGACUUAUGAGCUCACAACUAUGCCUCAAGGUGAGAAUUCAAAUGCUUUAACAUUGCGAAUAGGCAUGAGAGUCGAUGGAACCACAGAAAUUGGUAUAAACACAGAACCAAGUAAUGCCGUGGCAAGUGCAGUAAAUUCCGCCAAUGGAGUUACUCAACCGUCAGCUACCGAUACGGUAGACUCCAAUGGAUCCAAUGAACCAAACCUCAUGUCCCUCUUCCAAGAUCCAAGGGUCCAAAUAAUGGGACAAGCGCCACCGUUCAAAGUCGAGGCCCACUCAACGGACGAUUACCUUGCACCUGAAACUUCAUUUGCUGAUUGGGCAUUUGACAGGUGUGAUGGUAAUUUGAAGAACGUUGGCUCUACAAUCGAUUCACUCAGAAAUACAGCAGAGUGGAUUCAUGAAAGAUAUUGGGUAAAAGAUCCAUGGAACGGCAUAGGUGAUACCAGAUUAUUAAGCUCCCAAGCUGCCACAGAGUUAGCUGUACAGUAUUCUGAAGGGUUGGAACGAAACAUGGAUGAAACGGUUUUACAAAGAAUGAUGGAUCAUAACGUGAAGAAAAAUAUCUUGACAGAUCAAGAACCGUCGAUCCUCCCAUUGGAACGUUUCACUUCUGAGAAUGGGUUCGGUACAGCAUCAAGCACAUCAUACAAUGGUCAGAGCCUGUCUGAUUGGUUAUCGGAUCAAGUAGGUCCGCCCGCAAUUGGCGGUACAAUUUACGACAAUGAUCAAGUUGGAAGAGCAAAGAGGAUACUCAAUAGUACUUACACUAUAGGUAAUCAAAUGUGCUCCAAUCUUGAUUUGGAUCCUGAUAAGACGACAAUGUUCGGCUUACCAAUUGGAACACUCAUGACGGCUCGUUUGAUGGAAACGAAUCAAAUCGUGCCAGACGAGGCUAUGAGUAGUUAUGGUCAUACCAUCCUUAAUAAGGCAGCCGUUACUUAUGAUUUACUCCCGGAACACGAGCGAUCACUCGAUCAAAAUUCUGCAGCCAGUGAUGAAUUUACCAGUACUGAUACAUUACCUUUGACACAAGCUUCUACCAAUACCAAUCCUACAUUAUCACAAAACAACACGGAUUUCAAUGACAUAGCGAGAGGCUUGGGACAGGUAUGGCAAGCUCAACAGCAAAGUACCAAUCCUACAAACGCCUACGGUAUUCCAGGUACUAUGCGAACGGGUACCAGGACUAACGUGCCGAGUGCGAUGAAGGGCGGGAGAUUGGCAAAUGGGUUGAAUCGAGGAAGGAACUCAAUCGUAUUUGCGGACCAAUUAGGUGGUUCAUUGACGGCAUGA